CGGAGCUACACGUCGCGUCGUCUUCUCCAGAAAAGCACUUUGUCUUCUUCUUGGCACACGCUGGAAUUCCUAAUAAAAUGUUGAUCUGAAUAACGACAUCACUUUUCGUGAGGAAAAAAUCAUCACUCCUUCAACAACCCGGACAACGAGUGGUUGAAGGGAUUUUUAGUGGCGAUCUGGUUCUGGAUAAAUUUCUCCGGUCUCAAUUUGGUUUAAGAAAAUAGACAGCUUUUACAUUUUUGAGUCGUAAUUGUGAACAAUUUCGUUAAUAAAGGAAGGAAUUUAACUUCUACGAGAGCCAUAAAUAAAAAGGGAGACAUAUUUUACGGACAAAUCUCAACCUUCCCCCCAAGUGGGUAAAAAUCAUUGUUGAAAAAUUGGACUUAUGCAGUAUUGUUCGAGAUAGGGAAGGAAAAAGAAUGUUGUUGACGUGGCCCCAUGAGAGUUCUAUUUAAAUAAGAUUCCGAUUAGAGUUGGGUGACACAUUUCUGCGGUACAUUUCAGAAACAGGAGGAGGAGGAGAGAGGAUAUUGAGGAAAGACAUAUUCCGUACAUAUCUGCGUAUCUAGACUUCUUGGAAAGUUUUCUUUUGUGGAAUUGUGGUGUAAAAGUGAUCCGCUUCCUGUCUGUUGCUGCAGUGAAUGUGGAGAAAGUUGGUGGGAGAGGAAUUAUUAUGCUCCCCAACGUCCUCAGCCCUAGUCCCAUCUACCACUCGUCCGUUUUCAAGAAUGUGGGGGACCCUCAAAACACGACGUCUUCCGUGGUAGGGGCCUAUUUUAUGGAAAACUUGCUCCGAGCAAACAGUGUGGUGAAUGAACAAAGCCUUCAACAUUUGCUGCCCACCUCGGCGACGACCUCAGUCUUCAAGUCUUCAGGAGAAGUGGAGUUGGCAACCACAAUGUCUUCCAACAGCUUGAAGGACAAGGCUAGAAAUAAUGCGAUGCUGUUCCUCGGUCAUUCCGCCAUGCUUCCGUCUUCCAGCCCUGGUUCAGGUCCAAACUCUGGUCCAUCCUCCUUCAACUAUGAGGAAGAGCCCAACUUCCGGGGUGUUCCCACAUCUUCAGAUAUGAGAGAAAGUAGUGGUGGCCGAGAUGGUGGUGGUGGUGGUGAAAGAAAUUGUGCAGUGUGUAACCAUUGUGCCAAUAGCUCUGGUGGAGAAAGUCCUCACAAAGGGCCCAGCGCGGACACUGAUGACAGCGGGGACGAAAAGCCCACAUUUUGUGAGUCCAACUGCUCCUGCCAAUCCCAGUCGCGAGUUAGCAGGGAUCCCACCCCGGAGCCUCGAAACAAUGGAAUAAUGGUCAAAAACGACAAGCCGGUACUGAAGUUUAGCGUCAGUGCCAUUCUCGGAGGUGCUGACCGAGAGGGUGAUAAAAGUAGACUGGAUGAUGACCACAUGCAUUUUAAUCCUGGGUUCGUGAACCCGGCCUCGUUUUUUUCCGCGUAUGGACUCAGCAGCAAUGGAAAUGGGUCCAUUUCAAAGCCAAUUCCUCGACCUGCCGUUUCAUCCUCCGGACCAGGCGGAGUUUUUGACCCACACUUGCAUGCGCUUCUCUCAUGUCGUCAUCCAGCCUUCUUAACAGGGCCACAUCCAGGAAACGGUGGGGUAUUUCCACUCCCCGGGACGUUCCCUUGGGCUGGAGGGUCUCGAGGCAAGCCCAGAAGAGGAAUGAUGAGACGCGCCGUGUUCUCCGACUUGCAAAGAAAAGGGCUUGAAAAGCGGUUCCAGUUGCAAAAGUACAUAUCAAAGCCAGACAGGAAGAAGCUGGCGGAGAAGUUGGGGUUGAAGGAUUCACAGGUGAAAAUUUGGUUUCAAAAUCGUCGCAUGAAGUGGAGGAAUUCCAAGGAACGUGAACUCCUGGCGAGUGGAGGCUCUCGGGAGCAAACUUUGCCCAACAAGAACAAUCCACAUCCGGAUCUGAGCGACGCAUCGGGUGACAAGCAGAAGAUGGAGAUGUGCGACUUUUCCCCCAUCCACUCACCCUCCAUGCCCUAUGCCAACACGGACGAUUCGGCCAAAAUGUCUCCGGACGGGUCGCCCUCCAGGAGCAGCGCGCUCGUCGACUACUCCCCCUCCUCCAACACGCCCAGUCGAGACGAUGACGAAAUCUCCGUAACUUAACGCCCAAAAUUAGCAUUAUCUAUGGCAUAAGCAUAAAUAAAUACAGGAAUAAGAUGCAUUAAUUGGAAAGUUAUGAGUAGCCAGUAAAAAAAAGUAAUAACAAUUAACCAUUAUUAUGACGAUGAUAAAAUUAUGUUAUUGAUGAUGAAUCUUAAUCUUCAACCAACCACAAAAACCUAUUAUUGCUAAAUUUUAUUCCAUCCCGUUCAAUCAUUUUUUUCAAAAAGUAAAUAUCCAACUGUAAGCGAAAAACGUCAAUAAAUUAUCAAUAAACGUGUGUAUGCCCGUCGUCAAUAAAUUUAUCACCUCAGAAUUACAAUGCAUGAAUAAUGACACAUUUAUUACACAAAUAAUUGUUAUUUUUUCAUUUUUAUUUUUAUUUUUACCAUCAAAAUAAUACUGACAAUGAGUACAACGUCCAUUUACUUAUUUCCGACCUGCUUACCAUCAUUAUUAAAUAUUAAAAUUGUUGUAAAAUUAUA